AUAAGCUGUUUGUUUGUCCCCCAGUCUCCUCUCUAGCUUGCUGCUUAGCAUCCAAAGCAAAUUUCUGUCACAAGGAUCAUCAGGCUAUACUGCAGUGUGCGUUCAGUAGCGUGUCCAAAGCAGGUUUCACUAUGCAAGGUCUAGGUAAGGUAGAGCGCGGCGACCAAGGCCGAGACAUCGACCUGACAUCAAUGAGAUCAACCAUGCCGGCCGGCGGUCCUCUACAGGGUGUUUCCAGCCCUGGCCUGAACAUGAACCUGUACGCCACCAAGAAAACGGCUGCUGAGGGCAUGCUGGACAUCGCCUUAUUCCUGGCGAACAUCACACACAUGAAGACUGUCAUCGAACAAGGGGCAGGAUACAGGUACUACGCUGCAGUCCUGACGCUCAUCUCCUUCUCGCUGGCUCUCCAAAUAGUUGCAGGGAUUCUUAUCAUCAUCAUAGGACGCCGGGACGUGAACAAUCCCACCCUUCAGAAGCGCAUGGACUAUUUGAACAAUGUAACCACCAUCAUGGUCUUCAUCACCACCGUCCUCAACUUAUUCAUCAGCACCUUCGGGAUGCAGCGUACCGGACACUUCCCCUGGCUCAUGAUGCGCAUUCAUUGACAAAAACAGGACUAGAAGGAGUUUUAGGGCCUUUGUAUUCAAGCAGGGUCAUUUGUGUCCCCAGGAAAUAAAAUGUAGAAAUGCAUGCUAAAAUGAACAGUAACAUAUUGAGUUUUAUUAAGAAAGGUGUCCUGCACAUUCAUCUGACUGCAUAUUUAAAAAAAAAAUGUUUUAAAAAUUAACUUCAACUACCUUGAACAUAUUAGAACUUGCUUUGUUGCCUUCCAAUGCUACCUAGAAUUACAAACACCGUUUCCAUAUGAGUUGGGAAAUUGUGUUAGAUGUAAAUAUAAACGGAAUACAAUGAUUUGCAAAUAAUUUUCACCCCUUUUUCAGUUGAUUUUGCUACAAAGACAACAUAUUUGAUGUUCAAACUGAUAAACAUUUUAAUUUUUUUGCAAAUCAUAAACUUUAGAAUUUGAUACCAGCAAUGCGUGACAAAUAAGUCGGGAAGGGUGGCAAUAAAUACUGAUAAAGUUGAGGAACGCUCAUCAAACACUUAUAUGGAACAUCCCACAGGUGUGCAGGCUAAUUGGGAACAGGUGGGUGCCAUGAUUGGGUAUAAAAGCAGCUUCCAUGAAAUGCUAAGUAAUUCACAAACAAGGAUGGGGUGGGGGUCACCCCUUUGUAAGCAAAUUGUCGAACAGUUUUAGAACAACAUUUCUCAACGAGCUAUUGCAAGGAAUUUGGGGAUUUUACCAUCUCCGGUCCGUAAAAUAAUCAAAAAAUUCAGAGAAUCUGGAGAAAUCACUGCACGUAAGCGAUGAUAUUACGGACUUUUGAUCCCUCAGGCGGUACAGCAUCAAAAACCGACAUCAGUGUGUAAAGGAUAUCACCACGUGGGCUCAGGAACACUUCAUAAAACCACUGUCAGUAACUACAGUUGGUCGCUACAUCUGUAAGUGGAAGUUAAAACGCUACUAUGCAAAGCCAAACCCAUUUAUCAACAACAUCCUGAAACGCUGCCGGCUUGGCUGGGCCCGAGCUCACCUAAGAUGGACUGAUGCAAAGUGGAAAGGCGUUUUGUGGUCUGACGAGUCCACAUUUCAAAUUAUAUUUGGAAACAGAGGACGUGGUGUCCUCCAGAACAAAGAGGAAAAUAACAAUUCGGAUUGUUAUAGGCGGAAAAUUCAAAAGCUAGCAUCUAUGAUGGUAUGGGGGUGUAUUAGUGCUCAAGGCAUGGGUAACUUACACAUCUGUGAAGGCACCAUUAAUGCUGAAAGGUCCAAACAGGUUUUGGAGCAACAUAUGUUGUCAUCCAAGCAACGUUAUCGUGGAAGCCCCUGCUUAUUUCAGCAAGACAAGUGAUACAAAAGCGUGGUUUCGUAAAAAAAGAGUGUGGGUACUUUCCUGGUCCGCCUGCAGUCCAGACCUGUCUCCCAUUGAAAAUGUGUGGCCCAUUAUGAAACGGAAAAUAUGACAGUAGAGAGGCCGGACUGUUGAAUGACUGAAGCGCUACAUAAAACAAGAAUGGGAAAGAAUUCCACUUUCAAAGCUUCAACAAUUAGUUUUCUCAGUUCGCAAACGUUUAUUGAGUGUUGUUAAAAGAAAAGGUGAUGUAACACAGUGGUGAACAUGCCCUUUCCCAACUACUUUAGCACAUGUUGCAGCCAUGAAAUUCUAAGUUAAUUAUUAUUUGCGAAAUAAAAUAAAAGUUUAUGAGUUUGAACAUCAAAUAUCUUGUCCUUGGAGUGCAUUCAAUUGAAUAUGAGUUGAAAAGGAUUUGCAAAUCAUUGUAUUCCGUUUAUCUUUACAUCUAACACAAUUUCCCAACUCAUAUGGACACAGGGUUUGUAGACUGCAUCAUGAAAUGUAAUCAUUUAAAUUUUGUAUUUUGUUUUAAAUAUUAGAAAUAUUGCCUCUUCCAAUGAGUCUUAAUUAUUUUCUGUCAUGACCAUUCAGGGGUCAAAAAUUCUGCGAUCUCACGAAUUGAAUAAUUAUAUUUUUUGGAAAAUAAGGCGCAGCAAAUUACAAAACUAACCAGAUUA